AUGGCCUUCUUCCUCAAGGCCCUCGGCUUGUCUGACAGCAUCCCGGGCUUUCCCUUCACCCCUGCCGCCAAUGAUCCCGGUCGUGCCGUGUACACCUCACCGCAGAUGUGCUGGACGCUGCGGUUCGGCACGCCGAGCGACGAUGCUCAGACGCGGGUGUCCAUCUUUACCUGCCCUCUCUCCUCGACGACUAUGGCAGGCAGCAGCGGCAACAGCGAGCUGCUAAAGCAGCUGGCCCAAAACACUAUACGCCGCGCGAAGAGUCUUAUGAUUCCAGGGUUUCUUAAGUGCCACGGCGCUGUCGAGUAUGGCGACACGAUCUACAUCGCAACAGAGCCGUGCGUGCCUCUGAAAGACGUUUUGGAGAGUCGAGAGCUGCGGAGGCACUACUACGGACAGACGAACGAGGAGUAUACCGCUUCCGUCGCCUACGGCCUGGACACGGUGAGCGGCGCACUCGCGGCACUUCAAUCAAACAGGCUGGUGCAUGGCAACGUACACUGUGGAUCCAUCUUUAUCUCCGCCGUGUCGGGGUUCUGGCGACUGUUUGGGUUGGAGUUCAUCUCCGCGACGGACGAGGUGGCGAGUGGCAUCCCCAGCUGCCUCCUCGAAUCUGCGCGACGAGCUGGAAUGAUCGUCGGGUAUCGUUGCCCGCCGGAGCUGGGCAGCAGCAGCGGCGGCGACGUCGCCAGGGAGGAUCCUGUGGCGGCUGUGGACGCAUGGGGCCUAGCCUGCUUGGUGUACGAGACGGUGGGGGUGACGGCCGAGGAGGCGAUCAACGGCAGGCUGAACUCACUGACGCACAGCCUUAGCGCGGCAGAACUGCGCAACGUGUGCCGUCAGAGCCUGCCCAAGUCUCUGCACCAGGGCUGCAGCAACCUCACCGCGCCAAACCCGCGCCUGCGUAAGCCGAUUGCGUCCUUCUCCGAGGGCUGCGAGUUUGUGAAGAAGAGCACGUUUGUACAGUACAUGAAGGCUCUCUCGGAGCUGCUGCUGAUGGAUCUCUCGCAGCAGGUGCACCUGGCCGAGUCGUUGACUGGGCUAGUGGAGGAGUUUCCACUGCGGGCGUGUCUCUGCUUCGUUCUACCGCGACUCGGCGAGCUCGUCCGCGCUGCUGCAAAGACCGAUGGCAGCACCGGAGCGACAGGGGUGUCGAUUGGGCCGGUGGCCGACCCUGUGUUGAGGGUCGCGGAGCGCACCGCAGCGGGCGAGGACUUUGAUGAGUAUGUCACACCCGUGCUUGUGCAGCUUUACCGGUCAACAGAUGUGCUGUUGCGCUACAAACUGCUCGUCGGCGCUGAGGCCUACGCCGCGAAGGUGUCCUCCGCAUCACUGAACAACACUAUUUGGCCGCUCUACGUCAAGGGGUUUGCGUACUCGGCGCCCAGUGUGCGAGAGUACAGUGCGCGCGCACUGGUGCACCUCGCUCCGCACAUGUCAGGGAGCAUCCUUGGCGACCAGGUGCCGAAGGCCCUGGCGCAGCUGCAGCGCGAUGCGGACGGAGCGCUGCGCGCCAACGCCACAAUAGCUCUCAACUUCGUCUCGGAGCACAUUACACCCCCGUCGCAGCGGGCAAUGGUGAUGCUGACGUACUGCCGUCCGAUGUUGCGAGACGCGUUCGAACCUUCGCGGGUGGCGGCGCUGCGGUCACUGCACGGGUCUCUUGAAUGCCUGUCAGAGAAGCAGCUCGCAGAGUUGGUGCUGCCAGCCGUAUCGCCACUGACCGUCGACCCGACAUCCGCCGAGAGUCGCACGGCUGCGCUGUCGCUCCUGAAGGCGUCCCUGGCGAAGUUGGAGGUUCAUCACAAGCAGCUCUCCGUGCAGCAGGUGACUGCCGCUGCCAACAGGAGCACAGAUGCCUCGUCGACAAGCCUUCCUGUUCCUGUAGCUGUGCCGGCCGGGACUACAUCGAAAAUGUGGGGGCUGCUAGGGGGCUUCACCAUAUCCUCGACCUCGCCUGCUGCGGAGCAGUGCCCGCAGCACGUCGAUGCCGCCUCAACGCCCAUGCCGUCAGGUGCUGCUAGUCCGCUGCAUGUGACCCCAGCAGUCACUGUAUUGCCGACACCGGAGGUCACGGUGGCUUCCUUGGAGGGUGGCGGCGGCAGUGGCUGGAGUGAUGAUAGUGAAGCGGAUGCGUCGGACAAGGACGACGGCGAGAGAAAGGCCAACGCUUUUCAUGGGAGCUCUCUGUUUUCCAAGGCCCCCGCGACACUACUGCACACGCCAGCGGCGCCCUUCUCCGCUGGGACGCAGCCAUUGUCUACUACUGUAUCCUCUGCCGCCUCUACAGUGAGUGCUGGUGGCGGUGCUCAUGGGCCUAUAUCUUCGCUUCCAGGGCUCGCCUCCUCGCCGCUGUCUCAGACAAUACCGACCGUGUCGAGCGCCAGCAGUGUAUCAAGCCGAACCGGCAUCAAUAGUUUAGUCGGCGGCAUCGGUGGAGCCACGCCUCUUGGUGUUGGAGGGGGCACUGGCAACGCCACUGCGGGCGCUGCUAGCGGACCGAUGAAGCUACGCAAGAAGGGCGGGCUCGGAGCGGCCCGGCUGGACUGA